AUGAUGGAGGAGUUGAAGCUGACGCAUCCCCAGAGGCGAUACUUGAUGGACUGUGUGAAACGAGGAGGUUCACUGCCCCUCCAGUGCCGCCCCACAUCCAGCAAACAGCCAGUGCCUGCAGCACCUGCUGCCUCCCCACCAGCCUGUAAGCUUUCAGCCAGACCUCAUCUCCGACCUGCCAAGGUCUGCCAGGCAGGAGAUGCCUACACCCGGGAGAAAUUCAAGCCACAGGCCACACGAGAUUUGGAAAAGGAGAAGCAAAGACUUCAAAACCUCUUAGCGACAGGGAAGGAUGUGGUGGAGGAUGAGGUGAAGCAGGUGCGGGUUCAAACAAAGGAAAAGGAGAUACCAGAGCCUGACCGGUUUGAAGAAUUGGUGUCUGAAGUUCAGGAGAGGAGGGAAUUCCUGGCAGAGAUGGAAGCUCUAGGACAGGAUAAGAAGUACCGAGCAAUUGUCCUUGCUGAAAUCUCACAGAAAAUGCGCGAGAUGGAGAUCAUUGACAAGAAGAGAAGUGAGGAAAUGAGAAAGAUCAUGACAAAAGACUUCCCUGGUGGGAACAAAUCUGAUCUCAAUGACUAG